CUCGCCGCGUGAUCUUCGGACUGCCGGGGCACCGGCGGACUAUAUAACUCGGCGCCUCCCUCCCGUGGGGCGACGCCAGCAGACGCCAUGUUCAGCUUGUGGCCGUACUCGGCCGCGCCGUCCGUCACGGACUUCCAAACCAACGUUACAUUAACCAUCAACUCCACUAAAUACACAGUGGACUCGACUGUCUCGUCCGGCACCUCGCUGAACACGUACAUCAGGGACUACGCCAAGCUGACAGCGACCAAGUUCAUGUGCUACGAGGGAGGCUGCGGCUCCUGUAUCGUCGCUGUCACGGCCACGCAUCCGGCCACAGGCGUCAAGCACACCUUCGCCGUCAACUCGUGUCUGGUGCACAUCUACUCGUGCCACGGCUGGGUAGUCACCACGAACGAGGGCAUCGGCAACAGGAGGGACGGCUACCACACCGUCCAGAGCACCCUCGCGCACUUCAGCGGCACGCAGUGCGGCUACUGCUCGCCCGGCAUGGUCAUGAACAUGUACAGUAUAUAUAAAGAGAAAGGUAAAUCUCUGACCAUGAAAGAAGUAGAGAACUCCUUUGGAGGCAACAUCUGUCGCUGCACGGGUUACCGUCCCAUUCUCGACGCAUUCAAGUCUCUGGCAUCCGACGCUUCUCCUCAGAUGAAACACACCAUCAAAGAUAUCGAGGAGAUAUACAAGACGACGUGCUGCCCCAAGCAAGGCCGCUGCUGCGGCAGCAACUGCUGCAGCGACUUGGACGCUGUUAGUCUCGACGAGCAGGAUGCCCUCAUGCACACGCCCUUGCACCUGAAGCAGAUAGCCAGCGACUGGUACCGCGUCACCGCCGUCAGCCAGAUAUUUGAGGUGCUCAGCGCCAUUGGAGACUCCACCUACAUGCUGGUGGGAGGCAACACGGGCUACGGGGUGUACCGGGCGAUCAGGAACGCGGAUGUGUACAUCGACAUAACCGGAGUGGCCGAGCUGAGAGCCAUAAGCACGACGUCAGGCCUUUCUUUGGGAAGCGGCGUGACCUUGACCGAGGCCAUGGAUACCUUCAACUCCGUCUCCAGUACGACUGGAUACGCAUACGCCAAGACUCUGGCUGACCACAUAGACCUUAUAGCCAACGUGCCGGUCAGAAAUAUUGGGACGAUUGCUGGUAAUCUUACUAUGAAAUACAAAUACAACGCAUUCCCUUCAGAUGUUUUCCUCAUACUGGAAACUGUUGGAGCAACUUUGACGAUUGUGUCAGCAACUGAGACCACGAAAAACGUCACACUUCUAGAUUAUCUUAAACUGGACAUGACCAAGAAAGUCAUCAAGAGCAUUGAGUUCCCUCAGCUGGACACCAGUUACGCCAUUAAAACAUAUAAGAUAAUGUCCAGAGCUCAGAACACCCACGCUAACGUGAACGCCGGCUUCCUCUUCAAGCUGAGCGAAGACGACAGCGGGAAGCUCACCCAGAAGCCAACGGUCGUGUUCGGCCACAUCACCUCGGAGUUCGUGCACGCGACCAAGACAGAGGCGUACCUGGACGGCAAGGUGAUCUACGACGAGAAGGUGAUGAAGGAGGCCGUCAGGAUCCUGGACUCCGAGCUGGCGCCCACGGCGGAGCCCCCGGACGCCUCCCCCGAGUACAGGAAGGGUCUGGCCAAGGCGCUGCUCUACAAGUUCUUGCUCUCCCUGGCGUCUGACAGAGUCAACUCCCGGUACAAGACCGGAGGCGAGAUACUGUCUCGUCCGCUGUCUUCGGGCAGACAGACCUACCAGACAGACAAGUCCUUGUGGCCGCUGAACCAGCCGAUACCCAAGAUAGAAGCUCAGUAUCAGACUGCAGGUGAAACUAUUUACGUUCACGACUUGCCACACUUCCAGGGAGAGCUGUUCGGCGCCUAUGUGGUGACCACAGUCGGUCAAGGCAAAAUUACCAAGAUCGAUGCUUCAGCAGCUCUGAAAGUAUCUGGAGUAGUCAAGUUUAUUUCUGCACAAGAUAUUCCAGGAAUAAACACGUUCAUACCUCUCCAUGAAGACGUAUUUUAUGAAUAUGAAGAGCUGUUCUGCUCGGGCAAAGUGCUGUACGCCGGCCAGCCGGUGGGCAUGAUCCUGGCCGAGUCCACGGGGGCAGCCUUCGCCGGCGUGGCGCUGGUGGUCGUGGAGUACAGUGACGUCACCAAGCCCACCAUCCACGUGCGCGACGCCCUCAGGGACCAGGCGCGAGUCCUCGACUUGAAGACCGUCGAGGCCCGGAGACAGGCCGGUGACGUCUCUCACGUGUUGAAAGGCAGCCUGGACAUGGGCACACAGUAUCAUUUCUCCAUGGAGGUGCAAACCUGCUUGAGCGUCCCUGUGGAAGAUGGCUUUGACGUGUACCCUGCCACCCAGUUCGUGGAGAUCGUGCAAAAAGCACUGGCCCUUGCAACUGGACUAAGUGAAAACAAGUUCAACAUCUCCGUGCGGCGGCUGGGCGGAGGCUUCGGCAGCAAGCUGUCGCGGUCCUGCUACGUGGCAGUGUCCUGCACUGUGGCCGCCUACCUCACCAACAGACCCGUGAGAGUCGUCAUGAACCUGGAGACCAACAUGGCCAUCAUCGGCAAGAAGGGCGAGGUGGCCGUGGACUACGAGGUCGGAGUGGACUCCGAGGGCAAGAUACAGUACAUGAAGGGCGACGUGUACUCGAACAAGGGCUGCUAUCGGAACGAGCCGAUGGGGGCCGGUACCGCGACGACCCUGGAGAGCUGCUACGACAGCAGCACCUGGUCGGUGAACGGGAAGACUGUCAUCACAGACGUCGCCUCCAACACCUACCUCAGGUCCCCAGAAACGUUUGAAGGAAUUGCUGCUAUUGAAAACAUUAUGGAACAUAUUGCAAAAACAGUCAAGAAAGAUCCGAUUGAAGUUCGACUGAAGAACCUUUCUGACGAAGCGAGACCGAUCAUAACGGAAAUGUUUGAGCACAUAAAGACAACGUCCGAUUUCGAAACUAGGAAAUCACAAGUGGAAGAGUUCAACAAGGCCAACAGGUGGAGGAAGCGAGGCAUCGCGGUAACCUCUCUGAGCUGGCCGUGGAGCUGCGUGGGUCGCUACACGGUGAUGCUGUCCGUGUACUCGCAGGACGGCAGCGUCAGCGUGUCUCACGGGGGCAUCGAGAUGGGCCAGGGAGUCAACACCAAGGUGGCCCAGGUCGUGGCGUACACACUUGGCAUCUCCCUGGACAUGGUGAGCCUGAAGCCGUCCAACAACAUGGUUAGCGCCAACAGCUACUCCAGCGGCGGGAGUCAGGCCAGCGACAACUGCUGCUACGCAGCACUGCAAUGCAGUAAGCUACUUCUCGCACGACUGGAACCGUACAGGACCUCGAACCAAACUUGGCCGGAGCUGAUACUGAAAGCAUAUGACAACUACGUGGACCUGUCAGCUUCAUACAUGUGCAAGGCCGGGGAUAUAGGUGCUUACAAUAUUUAUGGAGUUUCAGUGGCUGAAGUGGAAGUAGAUAUACUUACUGGACAAAAGCAGGUCCUGCGGGCGGACAUCCUGCAGGACCUCGGCAGGAGCAUCAGCCCGGAGGUGGACAUCGGCCAGAUCGAGGGCGCGUUCGUGAUGGCGAUGGGGCUGUGGCUGACCGAGGAGCUCGUGUACGACCCCGACUCGGGCCAGCUGCUCACGGACCGCACCUGGAACUACAGACCACUUGGAUGUAAAGAUAUACCAAUUGACUUCCGAGUGGAGAUAAGAAAAAACGGGACAAAUCCACCAGGGGUCUACAGUUCAAAAGCCGUGGGAGAGCCACCCAUGUGCCUCGCAGUCUCCGUGUACUUGGCCGUGAAGGACGCUCUUACUUCUGCGAGGAUCGAGGCUGGAGCUCAGGACGAGUGGUUCAAACUGAAUUCACCAGCGACGGUGGAGAGGGCGUUUUUAGCAAGUUUGACGUCAUCAGAGCAGUUCUCUUAUUGAUGUACCUUCUGCACGACAUUUUGUUAGUAUAAAUAUAGGUUGUAUAAUACUGAGAGUUUUGUGUGCACGAAAAUGAAAAAAAAAAAAAAAAACCACAACUGAACCAACGUCAAUCAGGUACACAUUUGUGGUUUUUAAAUAUCCUUAAUAUAACAUUUAAAUUGCGUAGUUAAAUAUAGAAGAUUAAAUUUUGGAACAUCAGUGGAUAACUUCUUGUUUAUUGGUUUUUUUUUCUAUUCAAGAUAAAGAACCUAGCACAUGCAUUCGUCCAAGAAAAUUAUCUUUUUGUGCAGAAAUGUUUAUUUCCUUCUUAUCGCACUUUUAACCCAAGUCCAAAGAGAGACACUAAUAAUUGCAGAAAACCUUAAAUAAUCUUUCACGAAUUCUUAGUCCAAACUAGAUAGCAUCCACCUAUAACUAUGUUAUUUAGACAGUGAAAAUAAGUAAUUAGAAUGAGUUACUUUUGAUGAAAGCAUAUAUCAACCUUAACAACAAAAAACAUAGGGUCAGCUGUACAUUCUUGUUAAAAAACAGCCAUCCAUCUGCUAUUGGUUGGAGUUUCUUGAGUAAUUAUUUAUCGGCUAUCCUUUUUAAAAAAAUUAAUAUAUUUUAAAUAUUACUUUUAUUCUAAAAUACAUUGAUUGUAAUUAUUUUAAAUGGUUACACAUUUAAGGCUAGCUUUUUAAACUGAAUACAUAAGUGGAAACUUACUUUAUCUUACACUUUAUAAAAUACCACAAAAUUUUAGCAUACCAUCU